GUCGACGAUAAAAAAAUCAGUGUUCAUGAAACGUUACCGCAAGUUACCGCAACUAAUCAUUUUAUUCCAGAAUCCCGUUGACAUCUGAGAGCACUGAAGCAGUAAAAAAAUACGUGACUAUGCUGAGCCUGUGGAGGAACGCAUUACUGGUGGCGAUACUUUUCAGCAACGAAGUUUCGGCUUCACCGGGCUGCGGUGCACCCGAGCACCACCCCAAUACGAAGCUCCAAGACCAGUACGUAAAUAAGAACGUUUAUGGUGACGACGAAAUCGCCCGUUAUAUCUGCGUGAGUGGUUACUACAGAGCUAGCGGCUCGCCCGCUGUUCGAUGCCUCAAAGGAAAAUGGACAAAAUUAAAACUCAAAUGUGAACGAAAGAACUGUGGGUCUGCAGGGGAUAUAUUUAAUGGACAUUUUGAGUAUGAGGGGGACGCUCUGUUUGGAGAUAGAGUCACUGCUGUGUGCAAGGAAGGGUAUUAUCUGAAAGGAAAUAGAUAUAGACAAUGUCAGGAUUUUGGCUGGGAUGGAAGGGUUCCAUCUUGUGAAGAAGGAGCAGAAACCACCUGCCCCAGUCCAUCUGUGGCCAAUGGUGUGAAGAUCAGAGGAGAUGCCUCAGUGUACCUCAGAGGACAGAAUGUGACCUUUGCCUGCAAUGAUGGCUUCGCACUCAGGGGACCCUCGGAGAUCACCUGUGGCCCAUAUGGCCGUUGGCAGCCCGACACCCCACGCUGUCUGUCCUCCAGGGCUGUGACGUGUGAUGCCCCUCCUGAGGUGGCUGAUGCCGUGAGGAGCGGCCCGCUGGAGGGUCCUUUUGAAUCUGGCACCGUGAUUGGCUACCAGUGUCAACGUGGGCAACUAAUUGGAGAAAGAGAGAUACAUUGCAUGGAAGAUGGGACAUGGAGCAGCCUUCCACCGGAGUGCCAGAGAGAUGUUCCCUCACAAAUCACAUGUCCAAAUCCAUAUGUACUCAAUGGUGUGAUGAUCAGAGGAGAUGCCGCAGUGUACAACACCGGAGACUCUGUGACCUUUGACUGCACUGGUGGCUUCCUACUCAGGGGAUCCCCGGAGAUCACCUGUGGAGAAGAUGGCCAAUGGCACCCCAACACCCCAUCCUGUGUGUCCUCCCCAGGCAACUGCGGUGCCCCACCCGACUACCCGCAUAUGCACCUCACUGACGAGUACCUGUCACAGACAGACUUUCCACCGGGUGCUGAGGUCCGCUACACCUGCGCCCUGGGGUACAGGGCAUUGCAGAGGAGCAGGGUCAUCAGUCGCUGCCUAAAAGGGAAAUGGACACGUAUAACUCUGAAAUGUGAACGCAAAUCAUGUGGAUCUGCAGGAGAAAUUCUAAAUGGUCGCUAUGAAUACAAAGGAGUUUUGUUUGGGGAUACUGCCGUUGCUGUUUGUAAUGAUGGGUAUGAACUGACUGGACGUAAACACAGGCAUUGUAUGGACAAAGGCUGGGAUGGAAUUGCUCCUGUGUGUGACGCUGUGAAGUGCCCUCCUCCUCCUGAGGUGGCUGAUGCAGUGAUGAUAGGCCAGUCGGAGGAGCCGUUUGUAUAUGGCACCGUGAUUGCCUACCGCUGUCCCCGCGGAGAGCUGAGAGGACAAAGGGAGAUACACUGCACACGAGAUGGAACCUGGAGCAGCCCCCCACCACAGUGUACUAGAGAAGUUCCUGCAGAAGUCACCUGUCCACGUCCUUAUGUGGCCAAUGGUGUGAGGUCCAAAGGAGAUGCCCAUGUGUACAACAAAGGACACUCUGUUACUUUCACCUGCAAUGAUGGCUUCUUCCUUAAGGGAUCCCAGGAGAUCACCUGUGGACCAGAUGGCCGAUGGCGCCCUGACAUCCCAGAGUGUCUGCCCGUCAGCGCUGUGACGUGUGAUACCCCUCCUGAGGUGGCUGAUGCCGUGAGGACCGGCCCGUUGCACGGUCCUUUUGUAUAUGGCACCGUGAUUGGCUACCAGUGUCGCCAAGGGCGGCUGAUUGGAGAAAGACAGAUCCAUUGUACGCGAGAUGGGGCAUGGAGCAGCCCUCCACCGGAGUGCCAGAGAGAUGUUCCCUCACAAAUCACAUGUCCAAAUCCAUAUGUACCCAAUGGUGUGAAGAGCAGAGGAGAUGCCGCAGUGUACAACACCGGAGACUCUGUGACCUUUGACUGCACUGGUGGCUUCCUACUCAGGGGAUCCCCGGAGAUCACCUGUGGAGAAGAUGGCCAAUGGCACCCCAACACCCCAUCGUGUGUGUCCUCCCCAGGCAACUGUGGUGCCCCACCCAACUACACCAAUAUACACCCGACCGACGAGUACCUGUCACAGACAGACUUUCCACCGGGUGCUGAGGUCCGCUACACCUGCGCCCUGGGGUACAAGGCAUUGCCAAGGAGAAGGGUCAUCAGUCGCUGCCUAAAAGGGAAAUGGACACCUAUAUCUCUGAAAUGUGAACCAAAGUCAUGUGGAUCUGCAGGAGAAAUUCUGAAUGGUCACUAUGAAUAUACAGGGAUUAUGUUUGGGGAUACGGCCACUGCUGUUUGCAGAGAGGGGUAUGAACUGAUUGGACGUAAAUACAGGCAUUGUAUGGACAAAGGCUGGGAUGGGAGGGUUCCUGUGUGUGAAGGUAGGCUUUUUACCUAGCACAGAUUCAGCAGCACUACUUCCAGGCACAAGCUUCAUAUUCUGGGCCAUAACUCAUGUGCUUGUAGUUCAGUAGUAUGCAUAAUAUGCAGAUGUCCUUAAUGUAGAGUUUAUGAAGCGUCAGAUCCUGUUAAGGCCAUGGUGCAUUGACAGAGAGUUUAAGGAAGUAAAAUGCAGUUGACACCCAGGUGUUUGAGUGUGUGUGUGAGUGUGUGAUUGUGUGUGUGUGUGUGUGUGCGUUUUUACCAGCUGUGAAUUGCACUGUCCCAUCUGAGGUGGCUGGUGGAGUGAUUAUGGGCAGAUUGUGGUCUUAGCUUUGGUAUAUUGAGGGUUUUAGGAAGCAUUAUUAGGAAGAAAGUGUUACUGAUGCCAGCAGUAGUUUGAGGCCCAAGUAGUCACGUGCCUCAGCCACUUACAGUUCAGUAGAAUGUAAACUGCACGAUUUUAGUAAGAGUAGAAGAUGGUUUGUACAUUAAACACAGUUUUGAUUUCUUAAUUGUCUGUGGACCGAAUGGACUGAAAUAUUGUAUGCCCCUUCUGUGUCACAGGUUUUUUUCUGGGGCUUGAAAAAAAUCAGUUUGCGAGUGCAUAUGAAAAAUAAGUUCAUUUCUAAUGUUAAUUUUUGGACAUUUUUGAAGAUUCAGGCUAACACAAGUAUUUUGGCUGUUUUUGCUCUUUUCAACAGCAAGAUAGAGAGGUGCAUUUGUUGCUGAUCAUGGUCAACACACCACUGAAUGGGACAACUUUCUUAAAAAAGAUAAAUGACUUGAAUUUAGUGUAUGCUUGAUGCUAGGAUUUCUAUUUUUUCACUAGCCAGCUGUCUGGGUGUAUAACUCUGGCUUUCACAAAGCCAUUUAGCUUUCUGAAUGAAACUAGAUGCAUGUGGACUGUCCCACUAGCUAGCUAGGGUUGUCAGAUAGGGAAAAACGUGGUAAGUUAUUGACAUUUUGUUUAACUUGGCUAGCUAUUAAAUAAGUGGGUAUUACAAAUAGAAGUUUAUGAUUUAUUCGCAGAAGACAAAACCCAUCUAAAAAGAUGGCAAAGACUGUCUCAAUGGCUUGUUAGCUAACUGACAAUAUAGUCCCGGGAACUGAAAUGCAGAUGGUGCUCAUCGUGUGUGUGUGUGUGCGUGUGUGCAUGUUUGUGUGAGUGUUUCCCCAGCUGUGAAGUGCACUGCUCCUCCUGAAGUGGAUAAUGGA